AUGGAAAAAAACUCUCUUUCUCCGUCAGCUACCCCAUACGACUCUUACAAAAAUUUCAGCAACUUUCAGUUUUAUCGCCAACAGCAUCAGCAACAACCAAAUUACAAUCAACAGCAGCAACAACAACAACAUUCUCAAGCGCAACAGCCAUCUUUAAUCUCCAAUGCUCCAAACUUGUGUCGAAUUUGCGGCAAAUCAUAUGCCAGGCCGAGCACUCUGAAGACUCAUUUGAGAACUCAUUCGGGAGACAAGCCUUACGUCUGCCACACGUGUAGCAAAUCUUUCUCACAGGCCGCCAACCUGACAGCGCACGUGCGCACGCACAGCGGAGAAAAACCGUUUCGUUGUUCCGUAUGCGAUCGAAGGUUCUCACAGAGCUCCAGCGUGACGACGCACAUGAGGACGCACUCGGGGGAGCGGCCCUACAGGUGCCGGACUUGCAAGAAGACAUUCUCCGACAGUUCGACCCUGACGAAGCACCUGCGUAUUCAUUCUGGGGAAAAACCCUACAGGUGCAAAAUCUGCCUGCUCAGGUUCUCGCAGUCAGGCAACCUGAACAGGCACAUGCGGGUCCAUUGCUGUUCUUCUUGA